UCGCCACCGCCGCCGUCGAGCGUACCACUGUGUGCGUGUCCGUCGAUCCGUUCGCGUUACCGUGUCCGGCCGUGAGUGUUCGUUGGUGUGUGUGCGCGCGCGCGCCGUAGAUCGAUAAAACGCACCGUCUGCCCUGCUGCGCUUCUGUUGCUACACGCCGACCGCUUAUCACCGUCAGUGAGCGACGUUAUCACGCUGCCGGUCCAACACGCCAAGUUCUGAUACCACCCACGUCCACGUCUAACAGGUUUUCAUAAGCUGCCAGAGAUUAUACUAUGGCGGUCACAAAAAUAUGCUGUAUAGGUGCUGGAUAUGUUGGUGGGCCAACAUGCAGUGUAAUAGCAAUGCAGUGUCCCCACAUAAAAGUCACGGUGGUAGACAUAAGUGCUCAUCGUAUUUCUCAGUGGAACUCAGAAAAAUUGCCCAUUUACGAACCUGGACUCGAUGACAUUGUAAAAAAACGCAGAAAUGUAAACUUGUUCUUUUCUACAAACAUCGAAGAAGCUAUUCAAGAAGCAGAUUUAGUUUUUAUUUCUGUAAACACCCCUACAAAGACUUUUGGAGUGGGCAAAGGACGUGCUGCCGACUUAACAUACGUUGAAAACUGUGCUAGGACUAUUGCUCAAGUUUCAACUAGUGAUAAAAUUGUAGUGGAAAAAAGUACAGUACCAGUACGUGCAGCGGAGAGCAUAUUAAAAAUUUUAAGUGCUAAUCACAAGCCGAAUGUUAAAUUUCAAGUAUUAUCUAAUCCCGAGUUCUUGUCUGAAGGCGUGGCUGUUGAAAACUUAUUAAAUGCUGAUCGAGUUCUUAUAGGGCACGAAGAGACCGCCGAUGGCUUAUGGGCUUUUAAGGAACUCAGCAAAGUUUACUUGAAUUGGAUACCCGAGGCAAAAAUCCUCAGGACAAACACUUGGUCUUCGGAACUUACCAAAUUGGCGGCUAAUGCAUUUCUAGCUCAACGGAUUUCUAGCAUUAACUCAAUGUCAGUGAUAUGUGAAGCGACUGGUGCAGAUGUCAGUGAGGUGGCUAAGGGCAUAGGUCUCGAUUCCAGAAUUGGGCCCAAAUUUUUGCAAGCGUCAGUUGGUUUUGGAGGCAGUUGUUUUCAAAAAGAUCUACUAAAUUUAGUUUACAUAUGUGAAUGUUUAAAUCUUCCACAAGUAGCUAUUUAUUGGCAACAAGUACUUGACAUGAAUGUUUAUCAAAAAUCUAGAUUUUCAAACAAAGUUAUCGAAUCAUUGUUUAAUACGGUCACUGGUAAAAAAAUAACAAUAUUUGGAUUUGCGUUUAAAAAAGACACAGGUGACACUCGUGAGUCACCGGCGAUACAUGUUGCAAAGACGUUACUUGAUGAAGGAGCAAAACUGAAUAUUUAUGACCCGAAGGUGGAACCAGAGCAAAUCAAAAAAGACCUCACACACCCUUACGUUACUGAUAAUCCAGAAAAUGUAAUUAAGUCUAUUGAAAUUCACAAUAACCCAUACACAGCUGCAGACUCGACACACGCUAUCGUAAUAUGUACCGAAUGGGACGAAUUUGUGAACUUGGACUAUGAAAAAAUUUAUAAACAUAUGAUAAAACCAGCAUUUAUUUUUGAUGGUCGCAAGAUUCUGAACCAUGAAAUCAUGGCCACAAUUGGUUUUCAAGUUCAUACAAUUGGAAAACGUUGAAUUUUAAAACGUAUGACAUUUAUUAUUGUCUUCCAUUUAACCAUAUCGAUUAAGUAUUCUUGGCACUACCAGAAAAUAUCAGUAAUUAUAUUAAAUAUUUAUAUUUUUUUACAUUUAUAUUUCAUAGUUUAUUCAUAACCUUAAACAUAUUUUUGAUAAAUGUAUACAUGACUUGGCCUCAUACUUAAAAUAAGAAAUUAAUUAUUAUAAGUAUACCUACUAUAUGAUAUUUAUGUCAUUUUUAUGUAUUAUUUUUUUAAGCCUAUUAUUGUGUACCUAUUAUGAUUUACUUUAAUUGUUGUAAGAAAAUUACUACUUAAUGCAAACACAAAAUGAUAAAUAUCUUUUCUUUUAGUUUAUAAAAAUAUGUCUAUUAUAAUAUAUGCACAGAUUAUUUUAUAAAAAGUAUUAUCUAUUGUUCUGUUUUCGUUCUAACUAAAUGUAAUACAUUUUUAUAUUUUAACAUACAGAGUUAUCUAAAAAUCAUGUUAAAUUAAAAUUUUAUUGAAUUGUUUUUAUGUUAUAUUAGAUUAUUCAAAUUUGGGAACACAUUCUGAGCCGAGACAUGUAUGAUACAUUUAUUGAUUUUACAAUAAUUGAAUAAUGCUUGUUUGUCUAUU